UCAUAUUCUAUAUUAUGCUAUUCCAGCAAUCGACUGCCUAUUAUACAUUCAGAAUCAAAGAUGAAGCUGGUUUUAAUGAUUGUUCUAGUGAUUUUCAUUCUGUGUGUUGUUACCAUAGACGCCAAACGGAAAAAAGACGGCAAAACAGAUCGAGAAAGAAAUGUAGAAGGUGGUGAACCAGGGAAUGGCGGCAAAAGAAAACCUCCGAACCAUAAGGGUUAUAAAAGCAAAUAUCCUUUCCCUCUUUUUAAGUCGUGCCAAGAUUUCAACGUGGAAUAUUCGAUGAAAAGAAAAGAACUUAAAAGAAAUCGCGAAAUAUGGCCUGAAAAAUGCAAAGUAGGAACAGAAGACGAGCAAGAAAAGUGCAAAUCGGAAGGCAUCUCAAGCAUCAGAUGCUCAUUGUCCUCGACACCAUCAGAAGAGUGCAUGCAGGAAGUUAAUGACUUCAUGAAUGGAAUCACUUGCGAUGAAACUGGCGGAGGUGAAACUGAAGAUGAUGGUAGCGAUAUCGACGAUACUACGACAGAAGGUAUAGAUGAAGAUUUGGAUGACGAAGAUGAAGACGCUGAAGAGGAUGAAUUUGUUCCACCACAAGAAACACCGUAAAAGAAGAAGGCUCUCGAAUGUGUUUUAAAUACUAUCCUGUUAUACUGAUUAAAUACUUACGGUUUCAAUGGCAUCUUUAUUUGUUAAACUUUUAUUCUAAAUGUUGAAUACAUUUUCAUUUAAACCAAUUAUUCUCCAUUAAUGUUUCAGAGGCAAUUUAUAAUAUAUGCAAUCAUAUCUUU